UAUGUAUCUAUGUACAUCGAGUAUGCUGGAGUAUGCUUAUAAAAUGUAUGUCACUUAUUUUCAUACUUGCUGAACGUCUCAUCGAAACUAUAAGUAGUCUAUAAGUUAGCAUUGGUAACAGUAGCGUAAACAGCAGCAAACAGCAGAGGCUCUAGCAUACAUAACAACGAGUGUCCAUUUUAACACACACACCCAUACCCAUAUAUAUGUAUGCAUAUAUGUGGAUCGUAGAGAAACUAUUGCUAUAGUGUUAGUUCAGUGCUAAGUGGUUAGUUUGUAUUUAAUUGCGUUGAGUUGUACCGGCUUCCUGUGUUAUGUAUGUUUUUUAACACAGUUGUAACUUAUUAGUGUAUCGAAUUAAUAAAAAUUUCACGAAUUCUGCUUAUUUUUAUUUUAAAUAAUAACAGUUGUGCAAUAUCGAUAUUAUACUUGAAAAUAAAAAGAAGAACCGCUUCAUCAUUCAUCACUUUCAAAAUUUUUCAGGAUGUAUAAAAUUCAUAAGUUUUGUCUGAUGAAAAAUCGGUAUACAGAAGAACAUGUACUAGUUCCGAGUGAUAUAAUUUAUGAGUUGAACGAGAAGGAGGAAGCGAUUAAUGUUAAAGAACAUAUAAAGAAAGAAGCCAAUGGCAGGCUGCUAUACAAAACUAAUAAUGGGAAGUUAGUCCAUAACAUGAUUAUUUUGGAUACCGGCGAUGACAAAGAUUUAAUCAAAAAAAGAUGGGAAACGACUGACAAGCGUGUGCGAAUUCCGAAAAAUCCAUAUACUCCAUCUGCUAAUGACUCAUCAAAAAAUAAAGAUAAUGUAAAGAAUACACAAGAAAACUCUAAGAGUGCCAGUGUUCACGAUUCAGCGGAAUAUUAUAGAAAAUUGUUACCACCAUCAAGCACCAAAAAAACUGAAAAGGAACAACCCGGAACAAGCCACGCAUCACAACCUCUGACACAACAUUUGCCACCACCGCACGAUUCUGUCAUUGAAACACCUCACCGAUUUUUGUCCGAUUUAACCAAUAAAACUUCAGCAAGCUUUCUUUUACACUCUUCUUCAGAAUCAGAAAAAAGUCAAACCAAAUCAGGCCUAUCAAUAUUCUCGCCAAACCGGACUCAGCUUAAAGAACCUUCCCCAAUAAAACACAAACUUAUACGUAAACCGAAACGUUUAAAGCUCUCGCGACGUUUAAGUAUACUUGAAGAGAAAGUCGAUUUACUUACAGAUACUUUAAAAAAAAACUAUAAAAUAGACAUUACAACAACAACAACAACAACAAGCAAUCCAGUGCAACAAGAAAAACAACAACAAACUACUAAGCAGCAACAACAAACUACUAAGCAGCAACAACAAACUACUAAGCAGCAACAACCUCAUUACUCCCAUGUCACUUUAACGGAAUCCGUCGUAACCGUCGAUAAUGAAGAGCUCAUAUUAAUCAACAACAAACCGUUUUCGAUGGAACAACUGGCAAAAAUGUUGAGAUGUAACACCAUGCGUAAACGGGCUAAUAUGGUAAUGAGAAAUUUAUGGCCACCAGAUGAAAUGAAAUUCAUGUACUUGAAGCCUCAGCCAAAGUCAGAAACUCCAAAAAUCAUAACAUCUGAGCAACGUAAAGAAGUUAGAGACCUGUGCUUACAUUUACAAAAUCGAAGAGCGAUUAAAUAUGCGGAAGGGUCAUCUGACGACAUUUUCAUCUAUUUAAAUGAUUGGAUGAGUGAUCUUUUUAAGGAAUGCCGCAAGACUAUGCGUUCAAAACAAAAUUCUGAACCCAAUACUCCAAUAAGUUCUCCACGUGUAUGCAAUGAUGAAUAAAUUUAACAAAUAAUACAAUAAAAAAAAAUGCUUAUUUAAUAU